GCGCUGACGUGCGCGUGGCCGGGGUUUUCCACAUAGAAGCACGGCGCAGAGCCAUGGUGACAGCGACUCAGGCAGAAAUAUUUAUCUCCUCCGUGGACGGUGUAAUUUAGGGUUAAUUUACCAUAAGCACACGUAAGAUAUUUUAACCAGGUAGUCAUGUCAUCCUCCAGCAAAGACCAUUCCUGAGGCGAGACUUAGAUAUGUUGCACCAAAUGGAGUGGGAUUUAUUUGAUAACGGUCUGGGAGGAUCAAUGGAGGACCCCCCUGAUAUAUCUGAAUCUUCUCAGUCGAAGCCCUCCUCCACCAACAUCUCAGAACAUGAAUUCUCGUGCCACUGUUGCUACGACAUCUUAGUAAACCCCACCACCUUGACCUGCGGCCAUAACUUUUGCCGUCACUGUCUUGCUCUAUGGUGGGAGUCCUCUCACAAGAAUGAGUGCCCAGAGUGCCGGGAGAAGUGGGAAGGCUUUCCUAAAAUCAACAUACUGCUGAGGGAUGCAACGGACAAGCUGUUCACUGAGGUCGUUCAGCGCAGGAGAGAAGAGAUCCAGGCUAACCCCAAAACCUCCCGGAGCCUGCUGGCCUUCCAGAGAUAUGGUGACAACUUGGGUAGAUCCAGGACAAACCAGCACAAAGGAGCGGGCUUCUUCUUUUCUGGAGUCCUGACAGCACUCACGUGUGUGGCUGUGAUUGUGCUGGUGUAUCACUGGAGCAGUGGUGUGGUGGAGCAGCAAGACAUGUUGAUCAGUAAAUCCGUGUCUCAUUGGACGACGGAGGAAGUCGUGUCCUGGCUGGAGCUUCUGGGGCCCUGGGCCCAGCUGUACAGAGAGCCCUUUCAGCAGGAGAAUGUCAAUGGAAGGCUACUGUUGAUGCUCGGAGACGAAGAGUUGUUAAAACCUCCUUACAGCAUCGAAAAUCAGGCUCACCGACGGGCUAUUCUGGCUGAGCUGGACAGAGUUAAAGUCCUGGGGGUCAAACCUCCGCAUAACCUCUGGGAAUACAAGGUUACUAACGCAGGGAAGUCGCUGUUCUUGCUGUACGCACUGAAGCGCUCCCCUCGUCUCACACUCUUCUAUUUGUAUUUAUUCGACUACGCGGAAACCUUCCUGCCCUUCCUGCACACCUGCUGUCCGGCCAUCACACACAUCGGCCAGUCAAUGGAGAGCAGCUUCCUCAACGCACAGUUGGAGCCCAGUUGGCGACAGUGGGGAGAGUUUCUUGUAAAGUACCUCCUGCUUCCAUACCAGCUGAUAGCUGAGUUUGCUUGGGACUGGCUGGCCGUCCACUACUGGACGUCUCGCUUCAUUAUUGUUAACGCCAUGCUGCUGUCUGUGCUGGAGGGCUGCGCCCUGUGGAGACUCUGGUCAAGAGCCAGGAUCAGGUCUCUGCCGCGCAAGAUGUGGAACCACUUGUGGAAGAUGUUAUCUCAGGGGUUUGCCUUCGCCCUCCUGUGGCCUUUUGUCCCUCAGUUUGUGUGCAACUGCCUCUUCUACUGGGCUCUCUACUUCAGCCCCAUCAUUAAUAUAGACCUGGUGGUGCAGCAGCUAAUGCAUCCAGAAACACAGGCACUGUAACAAACUGCACGCAGUCAGUGCUCAAUUAAUGCCGUACAGUUCACAGCAAAUACAUUUGCCAGAAAUCCAGUUGCAGAAGAGAAGAGGGCGUUUAUUUUCAGCAGUAUACUCACAUGAGUCUGGCUUAUUUGCUGUUGGGAAGGACGUUUUCUCACUUCCAGUAAUGCCUCUGCUGGAUGGUUCCCAUGUGGAGCAAGAGAUGCAUUGCGCUAUUGUUGGAGAACAAAACCAACAAGAUAAGAAACAGUGAAAUAUCUGUGGUGUUAUUGAUUACUGCAGUGAUCUCUCUCUGCGUGCACAGUGCAUUCACAAACCACAUUGCCUAAAUGGCCUGGAUGGCAGUUAUGCAAAUUAAAAGUCUUGUUCAAAGACGGGUGGUAGUGAAGGCCUCAUAAGGAGUUUUCUGAUAGCUUUGUAGCACUGAGAUGGCUGUAGUUCAAUGAAAGGUGACCGACUAAAGGUAGUAAAACACAUAAAUACAUUUUCUUCUUUUAUUAAAUGUCAUUUUGGCAUGUAAUCCACAAGCAAUCAAAUGAAUAACUGCUGCUUUAAAAGUAUCAGUUUGAAUGAAACGGUAUUAUAAGUGUAUAUAAAUCUUUAUUCGGCAUGAAUUUCAGUGCGUUAUUUAUAUCUUCAGUGCAGUUCUGGCUUUGAAUGCGGUCAUGGUGCCACAAAGCGGUCUGAAAAUUCACUCUACGAGGUUUGGUAACAACAAUGUGUCAAAUGUUGAGGCUUGUAGUUCUGCAGCCCGAUGGGAACCUCAGGCUUUACACGUGAUUCAAAGGAAAACUUAAAAACGUCGUCUUCGUGAACAAAUGUUCAACAUUGAAGCGCGUUCAAGGAAUUCCAGAUGUUCAUUGAGAUUUAGAAUACAUGUCAUUUAGAUUUGAAAGAAAACGUAUGUUCUUAAAAAAAAAAAACUUGUGAGGCUGAUGCAGAUCUUUUCUAAUUUUUAUGAUUUUAAGCAGAAACUGUUCGUAGCAGAUUUUACUUGCUGGUCCUGCUGACAAAUAUUGUGUUGCUCUUUUAUUUUUUAUUGUUCAGAAACAUUUUCUUUGCAGUAUAUAUGUUUCCAUGUGAUAGGUGGGUAGAGCUAAUCAAAGACUUUUGAUUUUUUACAUUGUUCAUUUGCACUUAAAAGUUCUACACUGUGAUUUUGUUCUUCAAUGUUCUACAUGACAGGAAAAAUAAAGAUUUUUAAAUAAUU